AUGAAAUUGUCAGUGCUAGCUUUUUGUAGUUUAGUUGGAACAGCCCUUUGUCAAGUUACAAGACAAGGCUUUGGUGGAAGUGCCGGAGUUCCAGUCGGAAUAAAUUUGCAAAAUGGACUGAAUGGAUUUGGAGGCAUAAAUGGAUUCAUCGACUUUGACAUUGACCAUCCAUUAUCAGACGUUGAUAGUUCAGUUCUUGCUGCCCAGCGGUUCAUGGGCUCAGGAGCUUCAGGAGUUUUUGGACAACAGGGAAUGAUGGGACAACAGUCUUUCGGAGGAUCUCAAGGAUUUACAGGACAGCAAGGAUUAGGGGGACAUCAAGACUUUGGUGGACAACAAGGACUAUCAGGGUCUGUGUCAGGUGGUAGCCAACGGUGGAACGACGGACAACGGGGUCAGUUUUCCAGCGGAGGCCAGCUAAAUUCGAGGGCUGACUUUAACUCUAGAGACUCCCUUUUAGCAUCUUCCCGCAGAAACAGUGCAGAUUCACUCUCUUUAACGGACCUAGGGAACAGGUCAGGAAGCAGAACAUCAAAUAGAAAUGGUCUCAUAAUCGAACAAUCCCAGUUUUCUUCCAACAGCAGAAAUGAUUUGCGUCCAGUUAGCCGUACCAGUUUUUCCCGUUCCAACGUACGCCUCCCACAAAGAUCUACCGUCGAAUCCAGAAGGAGUAACUUCGGUUCCCGAAACCUCGGAACAUCUCGCAGAAUCUCUCUAGGAUCUCGUAAUGUCCGCCAAAUUCCACAGAGAGGAAUGUUCCGAUGA